UUAGAUCGUUUUCUCUAAAAAGUCUGGUCAAUUUAAAUUAAGCAGAUCACAGCACUGUAGGCGUGUAUCUGUCAUAAUGCUUCGUAUUGUUCGGGAACAUGCAAGGAAGCACCCAGGACUUAUUCCGCAGUUUUUCUUCAUCUGUCUGGGCAUGGGUGGAGCAACUCUUUAUUUGAUCCGUCUGGCCAGGGGACCCCAUGUCACUUGGAACAAGACCAGCAACCCUGAGCCCUGGAAUCAGCUUAACCCAACCUAUCAGUACAAGUUUGUGGCAAUCAACACUGAUUACAAGAAUCUGAAGAAGGAGGGCCCAGACUUCUGAAAGUCUUCUAGAUCAUUCUCUGGACUGCAGGGCCCUUUCAUUUUUCUUUCCUUGCUGGAUGACGGACACACACACACACACAUCAGUCAUGUGGACCCCCACUGAAAAUGUUGAACAUUUUCAAGUAAAGUUUUUGUGUAUCAACUGAAAUAUUGAUGUUGGAUGAGAAUGAAGAGUAGGUGUAGAUUAGGAUUGCAAAAGUAAUUGUCUUAAAUCCCAUAUCUGCAAGUAAUCACAAGGAAUUUGAAGAUUUCUACACAAAAGCAGAUGUGUUUCAUGAUUUUUGACAUUAUCCCUCCCUGUUCCUUUGCAGUCCUAAAAGAUCCAGUGUGAUUGCUAAAAUCUCUUCUUCCUUUUUACAGUCAUCAGCACAGUUCAAGCAGAGGACAGCAACUGUAACAGAGUUAUGUGUGGUAAUACUGUGGUAAAAAAG